AUGCAAUUACUAAUAAUUUUUGUUAUAUUUGCUCUAUGCUCUGCAGAUGAGGUCCCAAAAAAGUUCGAUCUGCGAGAUCAUGCCGGAUGUGGAAGUCGGAUAAAACAAGUGCAAAGUCAAAGUGAAAAGAUCUUUUUGGCGUUCUUGUUCUGUGACCCGGCACUUGCGGGCAACCACUUUGUGGGCAGCAAAAAGAGCCACGAAGAUUCUGCGGCACGUCACGCGUCAAACUGAGAUAAGCUAAAACAGUCCGGUGAAUGGAUUGGCGGUUUGCCAAAAAAAGACGCGAAAAAUCGUUUUGUCGGAGAAGAAAUGGGGAAUUUUUUGGGGCGAGAGAGUACGUUUUUGCGUGUCUUUUUUCUCUCUAUCUCUGCGAAAUCAAGACGAAGUGUAAAAAACCGAUAGCGAAGAGUCUAUUCCGGUCACCGGACUCCUCAGUUUGACGUGCGUCAAUCCAGCGCAUUUCCCGAACCGUUUCGAAACUUCGUGUCGUUUUCAUUGAUUUACAAAAGAGACGAAAUUUCGCGAAAUUAUCGGCACCUUUUCUCGCCGGAAAUAAUUGUUUUUUCUCGAAAAGGAAGGAUAAAGAUAAGAAAAUGCGUUUAAUCGGAUAGUGACAUUUCGUUUUGAACGAAUCACCAAAAAGGGACGGGAAAUCUUUUCUUCCAUUUUGGAUUGAGGGCAUUUUCGGAAAUCAGCCAACAUUUCUUGAAUAGUUUCCAUACGAUUUUAAUCAGGCAUUUUUAAUUUGAAGGCAGUAGAUAAGUUCAAUAGAUUCGGGUGCUUAACUACACGGAGUUACCAAUGCAAACUUUCUGUUAUAUUUCGUAGAUUACGGUAGAAAAAUCGUAAUCGUAAAUUCCUGCAAAGUGUUGCCCGCAAGAGCUACGACGCACGUCAACCUGAGGCAAUCUAAAACCGUCCGGUGAACGGAUUGGCAAUUCGCCGCGAAAAACUUUUUGUCGAGGAAGAAAUGGGGAAUUUUUGGGGCGAGAGAGUAGGUUUUUGCGCGCCUUUUCUCUGACUUCUCUGUGAAAUCAAGAUGAAGUGUAAAAACCGAUAGCGAAGUGUCUAUUCCGCUCACCGGAUUCCUCAGCUUAACGUACGACAUGCUUUUUUCCGAUUAUUACUAAUCUCUUUAUAACUCCAGGUCUCUGUCUGAAUUCGUGGGCGAUCCAAGCGGCUAGUGUGUUAUCAGAUCGAUUAUGCAUGAUGACUACAAACGCAGAUGUGGAAGUCAGUGGCAUGGAUAUCUUGGCAUGUUGCAAGGGUUGUAUGGCAGGGUAUGUGAAAUUUAGUGCAGCAUUAAUCUGGUCGUCAGUUGGAACAUUUGCAGCACAUUUCCCCUUCAUUUGUUCCGUCUUACGUUAGUAAGACUUUUUUCCGUUAUGGCAAACUCCGUUAGAACUAAAUUUGUUUUUCUGUUGCUAAUAUUAUACAUUCAACUUGCCGGACCAAAAAGUACCGGACAAAAGAUUACAGCUCGCAUUUGUCAGGACGUCGCGAUAAUUGCGGGCAGCCACUAUGCGGGCAGCCGUCAUUUUCCAAUUAAAACUUAUAUUUUUCUACCGUAACCUAACAGGGGAAGUACUCUAGAUUUUCUUUCAAUUUUUCACACACGUCGGGAAUGGACUAAAAAUCAAUUCCUGAAAGUUUUAGCUCGCGCUUUGCGGGCGCCGCCGAGAUAUCGAACGAUUUUUGCCGCCGAGAGAGCACGCUAAACGUGGUGAGCGGUCAGAGAGAAAAACGCUUUUUGGCCAUAAAUUUGGCAGUUUCGUGCGGAAAAAUUUUAUUUUUUAUAGAAACAUUAUUGUUUACGGUAGAGAUAGGCUUGAAACUAACUUUUCGUGCCGAAAUUCGGCAAAAAGUCCUAAAUUUUCGCCGACUUUCGAUCUAAAAAUCUCGGUUGUUUCUGCAAAGCGCGAGCUAGGAUUCUCGCAUAUUUCUUAGAAAAAAUUAUUCUAAAUUUGUGACAAGUUUCAUCAAAAUCUGAGCGCCGCACUUGGAGUACUUCCGCUGUAAGUAGUAUGAGUUAUGGUUGUUUGUUUUCAACAAAAUUGGUAUUGGCAAAUGAUUGCUGCUUUCCAACCGUGCUCGCGGAAUCUCCAUGGUUCUUCUUGGCUGUCCACAACGUGUUGCCCGCAAGUGUCCGCCUGCCUUUAUUGACAUAUUCUACGGUUUUCUUUGCAUGCGGAAUGGGGAGGAACAGCCGGAAUAAGCACGCUUUUCGUAAGGAACAUCGCCCUUCCGCACGGAAAAGAAGAAUUACUCCGGUCUGGAUCAGACUUUGCUUCCCGAAGACAGUGAAGCCUUUUCUAAGCUUCAGUUCCGAGGUUUCAUCCUGGCAAUGUUCAAUGAUUUCAGUUGUUACGACUACUCAGCGACAGUACGGAGGGCAUUUCUUCAUUGGACGUACCGCGGGGUUAAGACUUACUUGAAGAACCAGACCAAAUGCUUCCCUGAUUACCCGGAGUGCAAAGCUUUCAACGAUGACACUGUGACCCUUCGUACGUUAAAUGUUAUUGUAUAUAAUACGGUGUAACCUUUGUAAAAUGGACUCCUAGAAAGCAGGACUUUGCUAUAACGAUCAACUUUACAGGGUAGUCACGUUUAAGCCGAAACGAGCCUAUUGUAAGACGAAGCCCUUCUUCGAGAUUUUCUUAUGUGCCAUUGAAAAACUCAGAUUAGAAAAGCCCUAAGGCAUGGUGAAUAUUAAAAGUUGUAUCAGUAAAAAGUCAGUGUCAUAAGAAGUAGUUUGAUGUUUGAUUUACAUCAAACAGUCCAUUGGUUGCUAAGUUAUGACCAGAGGUUGCCACGGCCAAAAUUUCGGCUACUGCUCCGGCUCUUAGCUCCCAGAACCGGAGCCGAGACAAAAUUUUCAGCUCCGGCUCAAAAUAAUUAAAAAUAAUUUCCAAAAAUGCAAAGAACCGGCUUCGGAGCCGUUGCAAUCCCUGGUUAUUCCUAAAACAAGACGUAUCACCUUUUCCCACCCAGCCUGUAUCUUAUUCCGUGACGUUCUUUCUGCAUUUUUAGCGUGGCAUCCGUGCAAAGGCGGUUAUUGGGGGAGUCUUCCAACAUGCAAAGAAAAAUGUGAUUUUGAGCCUAUAGAAUCCGGCGUUAUAAGAGGCAGUGAAUUAGUGGAAAUCAAAGGAAACAUUGACCUCAUCAAACAGGAAUUAAUGCACUUUGGCCCGAUGGCUUUUACCAUCGAUCUGCAAGCAGCGUUGGUGACGUAUCCGGGUGGUAUUUAUAUUGUAAGUAAUCGCUUUGCAGUGCAAUGUUCCCUCAAUUUUUAGCCCAAUUUCAACGCCCUCGUUCUUGGCCAACAAUCGCUCAAGCUGAUUGGCUGGAACGAAGAAGAGAGUACGCCGUAUUGGUUGGCAAGAAACUCGUGGGGAAGUAAAUGGGGCUAUGACGGAGUUGUGAGGAUAGCCAUGUAUCUGCCUGGGGGCGAAGUUACGCUGAAGAGUGUUGCAGCACCGAGAUUGAAAGAUAUCGAUUGGCAGAAACGUCAAUAA